AUGAACGAGUCCUAUCGCUGUCAGACAUCCACCUGGGUGGAAAGGGGAUCCUCGGCGACGAUGGGCGCUGUGCUCUUCGGUGCAGGGCUUCUGGGCAAUCUUCUGGCGCUGGUGCUGCUGGCGCGCUCAGGACUGGGGUCUUGCCGGCCACUACACCCGCCGCCCUCGGUCUUUUAUGUGCUCGUGUGGGGCUUGACGGUCACCGACUUGCUGGGCAAGUGUCUGAUCAGCCCGAUGGUCCUGGCUGCCUACGCGCAAAACCAGAGCCUAAAGGAACUGCUGCCUGCCUCAGGCAAUCAGUUAUGCGAAACGUUCGCCUUCCUGAUGUCCUUCUUUGGGCUAGCCUCGACCUUACAGCUGUUGGCUAUGGCGGUGGAGUGCUGGCUGUCUCUGGGACACCCCUUCUUCUACCAAAGGCACGUCACCUUGAGCCGGGGAGUGCUGGUGGCACCGGUCGUGGCCGCCUUCUGCUUGGCUUUCUGUGCGCUCCCCUUUGCUGGUUUUGGGAAGUUCGUGCAGUACUGUCCAGGCACCUGGUGUUUCAUCCAGAUGAUGCACAAGGAGCGUUCAUUUUCGGUAAUAGGCUUCUCUGUGCUCUACUCCAGCCUCAUGGCGCUGCUGGUCCUCGCAACCGUGGUGUGCAACCUGGGUGCCAUGUACAACCUCUAUGACAUGCACAGGCGCCAGAGGCACUAUCCUCACCGCUGCUCCAGGGACCACAGCCAGUCAGGCUCAGACUACAGGCACGGGUCCCUGCAUCCUUUGGAGGAGCUGGACCACUUUGUGCUGCUGGCUCUCAUGACAGUGCUCUUCACCAUGUGUUCCCUGCCUUUAAUUUAUCGUGCGUACUAUGGAGCCUUUAAACUUGAGAACAGAGCUGAAGGAGACUCAGAAGACCUCCAAGCCUUGCGUUUCCUGUCUGUGAUUUCCAUAGUGGACCCCUGGAUCUUCAUCAUCUUCAGGACUUCAGUAUUCCGGAUGUUAUUUCACAAGGUUUUCACAAGACCUCUGAUCUACAGAAACUGGAGCAGCCAUUCCCGGCGAAGGAACGUGGAAUCCACUUUGUGAGGGCUUUGCACG